AUGCUUGAAAUUAAUUCAUAAUUUAAUCAGCAUUCUAUAUAAGUAGAUUGUUUUACUAUCUUUUUAGUUUGCAAAUGCCGGAAUAUUUAUUACUGCUAUUGAGACAAACUCUAAAAAUGCCAUUUAAGGUUUAUAGAAUGUUGUAUAGUAUGAUUUAUAAAAUAAAAUUGAUAUAAUCAAUGGGGAAUUCACAUAAUUAGGAGGAACAUUUGAAUUUAAUGAUGGUAUUUUUAUUAACUUAUGCAAUUAUGAGAAAGUUAAAUAAGGUGAUCAAUUAAAAAAAACUAUUUAGAAAUGUUUCGCUAGUAAUCCUAAUAUUAUUAUUAUAACAAAUCAAAAAAAGACAAAUUUUUUAUAUAAUUCAUUAGACGAUUUUAUAUAUUUCGAAAAAUAGAAUAUUAUUAUAAAUGAUAUACAUAUAUUCACUAUUUAUUAUUUUGGAAAAUAUUGUAAUAUUCAAUAAUCAGAAUUAAUUGAUGAAAUAUAGAAUAUAUUUCCUAUUAAUACUUAUUAAUAAUAUGAUUUAAGUGCUUCUAUAAGAAAUAUCUUGAUUGAAUUGUUUUAAACUGUUAAUUUUUCAAAAAUACUUUCUGUACUUUUAAUAACUUUAAAUUAAAUCAAUGAUAAAUCAGAAAUAUUAAAUGUCUUUCUAAAAGAAUUGGAGAAACAAAAGAUUUUUUCACAAGAGAGAUUAAAGCAAGUAAUAAUAAAAUCUAUUUAGAUUUAUAUUCAAGGAGCAACUUCACCAAGUACAAUUAAAUAUCAUAAUCAUCCAAGUUCAGUGAACAGAAUAAUUAAAGGUAAAUAAAUAAUAUUUAAAUAUUAUUAGAAGCUUCAGUAUCGUAGUCUUAAAGCUAAGCAUCUUUUAAUAUAUUGCUACCUUCUUAAUUAAGAAAUUCAGGAUACAGUUCAUUCGAUUAAUAAAUAUAAUCUGCAAAAUUUAAGGAUGAAUGA